AUGGGUUCAGCUCCUAAGCUCAUCAUAACCGAUCAAGAUCCAGCCAUGAGAGGUGCUAUUGAGCAGGUAAUGUCAAAUACUAGACACAGGUGGUGUAUGUGGCACAUUAUGGUUAAGCUUGCUGAUAAAGUGGGUAAGGAUCUUAGAGCUGAUGAACGGUUUAAGAAGGAAUUAAAUUCUUGUGUUUGGUCAGAGUUGAUAGAACCUCACGAGUUUGAAGCUGCGUGGAAUGAAGUCAUGAACAAAUAUGGGUUGACGGGUGUAGGUUGGUUUAGAAAAAUGUUUGCAACAAGAAAAAUGUGGGUCCCUGCUUACUUUAGGGACUUCCCAAUGAGUUCAUUGAUAAAAACAACUUCCGUUUCAGAAUCACAGAAUAUGUUUUUCAAAAGAUACGGCAAUUCUACAGCGAAUCUUGUUCAGUUCAUCAUGAAUUUCAAUCAUGCAUUGGAUGCCCAAAGAAACAAUAGUGCGAAGCAUGAUUACUUGGACUCGACAACCAUCCCCAUUUUGAAGACGAAGUUGUUAUUUGAGAAACAUGCUUCGACCAUCUUCACUGAGAAUGCUUUCAAAUCAAUUCAAGAGGAGAUGGCUGACGCAUCCUCUAACUGUGGUAUGAAAGGGAUGUCCACGGAGGACGAUAUUCAGUACUACGAGGUUGAUGAUCUAUAUGAGAAGACAUGGACUGUCACAUUCUGUGCAGAUGACGAUUCAUACCAAUGCAGCUGUAAAUUGUUUGAGAGGAUUGGAAAGAUAUGUAGUCACAUAUUUUUCAUACUUAAAAACAACCACGUGAAGCUGAUCCCUGACACCUUAUUUGGAGGUCGAUGGUUGAAGACACCACUAAUGAAGGCUACACAUGGUGUUUUAUCUAAGGAGGACAUGACAUACGCAUUUGCAGAUGAGAAGAAAAUGGCGAUAAAGAAGUUGUAUUCUUCCUUUUUUGAGUUGGUGCAAGCCGUGGAAAGCGACAUUGAAAAAAUUCAUGCUGCCACUGCCCUCAUUGAUGAUGCCAAAAAAGGUUUGUUCAGUGGAGAUGUCGUAAUGUCGGCCUUUGACAAGAAGAAGAUGAUUGAGAGCUUUUAUGGCUGUGAGAAGCCGGAAGAAGUCGACGUUCAUCCUCCUGAAUAUGUGAAUACAAAAGGUUGCGGCAGUACUGCUGCAGCUAGGUUGAUUUCAAAGAAGGAGAAAGCCAUUCAGCUGUCAAAAAAACCUCAACGUCGUUGCGCAAAGUGCAAAGAGAUGGGGCACCAUGACUCGCGGAACUGCACCAGAGUCAAAGAAAAAGAAAAGGAGCUGCGCCAGAGUCAAAGAAAAGAAAAACGUCGUAGAAAGUCUCAAAGUUAA